UCCCUCCCUCCACCAGAAUCCCCGAAGAGAUCCAUGGCGCGCGCGAGGGCCAACCCAUCCAUGGCUUCCUUCGGCGCCGCCGCCUGCUUCCUCCUCUGCGCGCUGCUCCUCGUCCAGCCCGCCCCCGCCGCAGCAGCCGGCCGGAAGCGGUCCUACGUCGUGUACCUCGGUGAGCACGCGCACGCGUCGCAGCUGCACGACCUCGCCGCCGUCGACCUGGCGGCCGUCGAGGGGAAGGCCGCCGACUCGCAUUACGACCUCCUCGCCACCGUCCUCGGAGACAAGGCGAAGGCGCAGGACGCCAUCUUCUACUCGUACACUAAGCACAUCAACGGCUUCGCCGCGAACCUCGACGCCGAUCAAGCCGCCCAGCUCGCCCGGCUGCCGGAGGUGGUGUCCGUGUUCCCGAACAGGGGGUACCAGCUGCACACGACGCGGUCCUGGCAGUUUCUUGGCAUCGCCGGGCCCGGAGGAGUCCCGCGCGGAGCGUCCUGGCGCAAGGCUAAGUUCGGCGAGGGCGUCAUCAUUGGCAACAUCGACACCGGUGUGUGGCCAGAAUCGGAGAGCUUUCGGGAUCAUGGGCUGGGACCAGCCCCCAAGCACUGGAAAGGAACAUGCGAGAAAGGCCAAGACGAUGACUUCCACUGCAACGCGAAGCUGAUCGGGGCGCGCUACUUCAACAAGGGGUACGGUGCGGAAGGCCUCGACACCAAGGCUCCCGAGUUCAACACGCCGCGGGACAACGAGGGACACGGCACACACACGCUGUCCACGGCCGGCGGCGCGCCGGUGCCCGGCGCCAGCGUGUUCGGCUUCGGCAACGGCACGGCCAGCGGCGGCUCGCCGCGGGCGCACGUGGCCGCGUACCGCGUGUGCUACAAGCCCGUGAACGGCAGCUCGUGCUUCGAGGCAGACAUCCUGGCUGCAUUUGACGCCGCCAUCCACGACGGCGUGCACGUCCUGUCGGUCUCCCUCGGUAACGACGGCGAGCCCUACGACUACUUCGACGACGCCAUCUCCAUCGGCUCUUUCCACGCCGUCCGCCGCGGCAUCAGCGUCGUCUGCUCCGCCGGAAACUCGGGUCCCAAGCCGAGCUCCAUCUCCAACCUUGCCCCGUGGGUCUUCACCGUCGGUGCUAGCACCAUGGACCGAGAAUUCCCGUCUUACCUCGUGUUCAACGGCACCAAGAUCAAGGGGCAGAGCAUGUCGGAGACAUCGCUCAAGACCAAGGACCCUUACCCCAUGAUCGACUCCGCUGAAGCCGCAGCGCCCGGCAGAGCGGUAGAUGACGCAAAGAUUUGCCUGCAGGGGUCGCUGGACCCAGAGAAGGUGAAGGGCAAGAUCGUGGUGUGCCUGCGUGGGACAAGUGCGCGUGUGGCCAAGGGCCUGACGGUGCUGCAAGCCGGCGGCGCCGCGAUGGUGCUCGCCAACGACGCCGCCUCCGGCAACGAGGUUAUCGCGGACGCGCACCUGCUCCCGGCCACGCACAUCAGGCACCAUGACGGCCUGACCCUAUACUCCUACCUCAAAUCCACCAAGUCUCCAGUGGGGUACGUUGAGAAGCCGGAGACGAGCCUGGAGACGAAGCCAGCGCCGUACAUGGCCGCUUUCUCCUCGCAAGGACCCAACCCCGUCAACCCGGAGAUUCUCAAGCCCGACAUCACGGCGCCCGGGGUGGGCGUGAUCGCCGCGUUUACGCGCGCCAUGGCCCCCACGGAGCUCGCCUUCGACGAACGCCGCGUUGCCUUCACGACCAUGUCGGGGACGUCCAUGUCGUGCCCGCACGUCUCCGGCCUCGUGGGGCUCCUCAAGGCGCUCCACCCAGACUGGAGCCCUUCCGCCAUCAAGUCGGCAAUGAUGACGACGGCGACUGACGUGGACAACAAGGGCGAGUCCAUCCUCAACGCAUCCUUGACGCCGGCCGGGCCCUUUGCCUACGGCGCCGGCCACGUGUGGCCAAGCCGCGCCAUGAACCCCGGCCUCGUCUACGACCUCGGCCCCGACCACUACCUCGACUUCCUUUGCGCGCUCAAGUACAACGCCACAGUUCUGUCCAUGUUCAACGGCGAGCCGUACAAGUGCCCCGAGAAGGCUCCCAAGAUCCAGGACCUCAACUACCCGUCCAUCACCGUCGUCAACCUCACGGCCUCCGGCGCAACGGUGAAGCGAACGGUGAAGAACGUUGGUUUUCCGGGCAAGUACAAGGCGGUCGUGCGCCAGCCGGCUGGCGUGCACGUGGCGGUGAGCCCUGAAGUGAUGGAGUUUGGAAAGAAGGGGGAGGAGAAGACGUUCGAGGUCAAGUUCGAGAUCAAGGACGCCAAGCUGGCAAAGAACUACGCGUUUGGCACGCUCAUGUGGAGCAAUGGCGUCCAGUUCGUGAAGAGCCCCAUCGUUGUCAAGACGGCGGCAUGAAGGGCAACUGGGUAAAAUCAUAUCGAUCGGGUGUUAUAGGUUCGGAUUAGCUUAGGAAUCAAUCAAAUCGUGUGUUAGGGUUUCCAUUAGGUUAGGAAUUAAGCCGGUGUAGAGAGAAACAGACACACAUAUAUUCUUUAGAUCUUUAUUAGGCCUGUGGAAUAAUAAUCAUGUCAAGGGGAAUAAAAUGGUUAUAGUAGUUCUUGAAAA